AUGCUAUUACGAGAUUUACAAGUAUUAGAUCAUUUAUCUAGAACUGAUCAAUCAAGUGGUGAUCGAAUUGUUCGAAUAGCUCGAAGUAUUCCCAAUUUACUUGAUGAUAGAGAGAUUGAUAAGCUAGAAAAUGAAUGGACAUUAUAUUCAGUUGAACUGGUCGAUCGGUCUUGGUAUAUUAAAGAUGAAUAUGUUGAUUCAAAUGGUAAUAAUCAAAUAAAAUAUCACUCUAUUGAUUAUUAUUGGAACAACGUCUUUUCAAUUUUAACAAAAAAUGGUAUAUCAAAGUAUCCAACAUUAACUAAACUAAUAAAAAAUGUUUUAAUUAUUACACAUGGUAAUGCUGAUGUUGAGAGAGGUUUUAGUAUUAAUUCGAACAUUCUUACGGAAAAUCGAUCAUCAUUAUCAGAAUCAUCAAUAAAUGGUUUAAGAUUAGUUUAUGAUGCAGUAAAAGUUUUUGGCAAUGAAUCAGCACAUAAAGUAACAUAA